AUGUCCAUGCUGUUGGAUUGCACAUAUGUUCUGGCUGUGACAGUGGACACAAUGUUUGCCAGGCGGCAGUAUGUGCCACCCGUACUCGAUACUGCACAGGACUUCAUUCUGGCAAUGAAAUGUCGAUCAGCUAAAGAUCGAGAAAGGAAGAAGAAUGUGGAGGCAUGUUUGAUGCGGGAGCUUGCCUUCAUUGCGGACAGCUUUAGCCCACAGCCGCAUCCCAACUUGAACUUAGACUUGGUGCAGGCCAAGCUUGAUGCAUUGCUGUUUGAUGAUGAAGCUUUUCACUGGAUCUAUGACAGGUUCAAGCUUGUGCCAGUUGGGCAUUUCAACAUCCACAUGUACUGCACAGUCUUUGUGAAGGGUGUUGUGAAGAAGCUUUACAAUGAGCACGUGUUGAAUUCCUCCGAAUGCGUCAACGAAAUGGAGCUGAAGACCGAUGCAGUUUGCAGUAGCGGGACAUCAGAUGCGGACAUGGAACCUGUCCAUGUGAUCCUAAAAGCCUUGGCACAUCCUGGAGAGGGUCUUCCAAGGACCCAGAUCCAGUGCGUGCUCAAUAGCGGCAUUCCAGAGGGCACUGCAGCAACCACCAGCCUACCGGAUGACGCUUGGGACCUGCUGGGCCUUGGUGUCACUGAUGGAUUGAACGACCGGGAGCUGCACAUCAAGAACGGCCAGGUUUGCCUUUUGACAGGUGGAGACUACAUGAGUGCGAAGCGACGUUAUGCCUUGGAGAACCGCGAAGCACACCGGGCUCAGUGGCGACAACAAGCAGAACAGCGUUUAGCCAAGGCAGAAUCUCGACGUGGAGGUGUUGAGAAAGCAGCCGCUGAGAGUGGAGUUAUGAAGACCCAGAAGUUCACCUGGAGCAAGGAUGGCGCCAAGAGUUUCGAAUGGAGGAAGAUUUAUCAUGCCUUGGUGGGACAAGUAGGACCUGGUGAAGGAGGUUUGUUGGCAGAGGCACUGAUUACACCAACCUCCAUGAGGAUGUAUACAGAUCACCGCGUCAUGGGCCAAGUUGUCCUGCCCGGUGUGUCGCACGUCUCUUUGAUGGCUGCAACCGCGUCGUUGGGCUUCCCCAGCCCAGGUGGUGGCAUGGGCGAUUGGCACAUCAGUGUGAAGGAAGUUCUCUUUGAGCGUCCUUACAUCGUCCACAGCGGUGCUGAUCUCAUCGCUGCGAUCGCCAAUGGGGUGGAUCCUUCCACCGUUCAGGCGAUGGCUGGCGGACUGCCGAUUCCAAUGACACCAGUGGGAGUUCCAACCACCUACUGCCGAUCCACCACUGUGACCAAGGAGAGAGGCAUCAUCAAGUCAACUAUGGAUUGGGCCAAGUGA